CUUUUGUUGUCGGGAACUUACAGAUAGACCGCCCGUCAUUUUUCGAGCUGUGCAAGUGCUGCUCUAGAAGUUGGUCCUUUCGGUUGAGUUUUCUUUGCGGUUGCCGGGCCGCAUGCUGAAGACCGGAUCGUGCGGGACUCCACAGAAUAUCCGUGGUAGAGUGCGACUCGGUGGCGAAUUUCGAGAGCAGCAUGGCUCAAGAGACCGGCAGCUCUAUCUUGCAGUACCUUGCGGCCGCUUCAGGCAACCUUGCCAUAGUGACGGAUGGCAUGCACUAUGGAUGGCCCUCCCCAACCCUUAUCCAGUUGGUGAACAACACCAACCAUACGCUGGGUAUGAGCAAUGAAGAAGGAGCCAUAAUGGCUGUGAUGCCCCUCAUAGGGGCUAUAUUAGGUGCCUUAACUGCCGCUAACAUAGUAGACCUUUUCGGAAGGAAGAAAACCAUCUUGGGAACGUCCAUACCAUUCUUCAUUGCGUGGAUAAUGAUCGCGUUUGCAAAGAGCGUCCUGGUGUUGCACAUUGCUAGGUUUAUCGCAGGAGUAGCUGACGGAGUGACAUUUACGGUAGUCCCCAUGUAUAUAGGUGAGAUUUCGGAUGCCAAAGUGAGAGGCCUUCUCGGCUCCAGCUGCUCGGCUUUGUGGAUAGGGGGGUUCCUGCUUAUUAAUGUGAUAGGGUCUUACUUAAGUAUAAGUACCACUGCCUUAGUCUCGUCUUUGGUGCCGCUUCUGGCUUUUAUUACGUUUAUUUGGAUGCCCGAAAGCCCUUAUUACCUCCUGAUGAAGAACAAGAUAAAAGAAGCCAAACAGAGUCUGAGGAAGUUCAGGGGAGUAGAAAAUGUUGAUGAGGAGAUAGAGAGGAUGAGUACUUACAUUCAGACAAAGACGAGAAAGACGGGACGAUUCUUGGAUUUGUUCCUAGUUAAAUCAAAUAGGAAGGCUGUGUUUAUUGUUGCUGGACUGAGAGGUUUUCAGCAGUUCAGCGGAACGACAGCCAUAUCCUUCUACGCUCAAACCAUAUUUAAAGAGGCAGGCGAUGACAUCUCACCUCAACACGCCUCCAUGAUAUAUUUCACUGUGAUGUUUCUAGUUACGAUAGUUUCCUCCGGCAUAGUAGACAAGGCGGGAAGGAGGCCCCUCCUCAUGAUAUCAAUGGCAGGUGCUGCGUUCACCCUUCUUCUGGAGGGCACUUACUUCUACAUCCAGUCUCAAACUGACAUCGACACCACUCCUUUCGACUACAUGCCGGUGGUAGUACUUAUUGGUUUUGUGAUAGUUUUCAGCAUAGGCAUGCAGAGCAUUCCUAUUUUAAUGUUAGGCGAACUGUUUCCGACUGGUGUUAAAGCUUUCGCUUUGUGUCUGGCAGACGUCUAUUAUAGUAUAGUAGCUGCGAUUGCGUCCAAAUUCUUGCAGGUGAUGAAGGACAAUUACGGAAUGUAUUUUGCAUUCUACGGUUUCUGCAUAUUUUCUGUAAUUGGUCUGCUGUUUAUAUAUUUCUUCGUACCCGAGACCAAGGGUAAAAACCUGGAAGAGAUUCAGCGGUACCUCCGGGGUAACACUCCCGAUCAUAGCAAAUGUAAUAAAGAAGAGUAUGUAAAAGUGUAACUUAUGGUGCUUUAGUUUAAUGAACUUAAUUUUUGAUAUGAAAUAUGUAUUUUUAAAAAUAUUAAAUCGUUAAUAAAUAAUUUAUUACUAA